CUCUCUGUGUCCAUCCAGCGGUGAGUAGUGGACCUGCAGAGUCCCGUGACGAUGCUGCUGAUCCCCGUCUGUGUGCUGUUGGUGCUGGGGGGUCGAGCUCUGGGCGGCGGCUACCCCCCUCCCCAGAUGCCCCAGAUGAAGUACAUGCAGCCCAUGAUGAAAGGACCCGUGGGGCCCCCCUUCCGGGAGGGCAAGGGCCAGUACCUGGAGUUUCCACCUAUGAUGGAGGUGAAAGGGGAGCCGGGCCCUCAAGGGAAGCCCGGCCCAAGGGGCCCAGCAGGGCCUUCGGGACUACCAGGGAAACCAGGGCUGGGUAAACCGGGUCUGAACGGUCAAACAGGCCCCCCGGGGCCUCCGGGAUUCCCUGGCAUUGGGAAGCCAGGGCUACCAGGGUUGCCGGGCAAGAUGGGCCCUAAGGGGAUGCCUGGAAACAAUGGUGAGCCUGGCCCACGCGGAGAGCCCGGUCUAAGGGGACUUCCAGGUCAGCCCGGCCUCCCAGGGCCAGCGGGCCUGUCCCUGAAUGGAAAACCUGGACCCCCUGGGGGAAGGGGGAUCCCAGGAUCCAGAGGGGAGCCAGGCCUGAAAGGAGGGCGUGGAGUCCCUGGAGACCGCGGACUGAAGGGGGAGAACGGUAAUGGCAAGCCAGGUCCAGCUGGGCCAAGGGGUCCUCCUGGCCUCCAAGGACUUCCUGGUGCCCCCGGAGCCCCUGGAAAUGGAAAGCCAGGACUCAAUGGAUUGCCUGGUCCAAGCGGGCCGAAGGGUGAUCAAGGGCUUCCUGGUGAUGCUGGUCUACCCGGAGAGGCUGGUCUCCCUGGGCCCGCGGGGGUUCCAGGGCCGAAUGGUUUAGGGAAGCCUGGUAUUGACGGUUUGCCAGGGAUGCCAGGACCGAGUGGGCCGAAGGGUGAGCCAGGAAUGAGAGGCACUCCAGGGUUCCCAGGACCACCUGGAUAUGGUAAGCCUGGACUAUCCGGGCCGAAGGGAGACAAGGGCCAUGUUGGCUUACCAGGGGCACCUGGUGAACAAGGGUUACCAGGGUUGGACGGCCAACCUGGAGACAGCGGUCCAAACGGGCAGUCAGGACCUCCAGGAGUACAGGGCCCUAUGGGUCUGCCAGGGAAGCCUGGCAUGCCUGGUUUCAAAGGAGAGCUGGGUCCCCAAGGUCCUCCUGGCCUUCCUGGGCUUCGAGGAGAUCAAGGUCCUCCUGGCUUGUCUGGGAAGCCAGGUAUCCCAGGUGAUAAAGGUCUUCCCGGUCCCAACGGGGCCAUCGGGAAACCAGGCCCCAAGGGCGAGGGUGGCCACAUCGGAUUGCCUGGAAAUCCUGGACUGACUGGUGGACCAGGACCAAAAGGUGAGAACGGAUUCCCUGGAACCACGGGUCCCCGAGGCCAGUCCGGCAUUCCUGGCACCCAAGGUCCCCCCGGGCACAUGGGUCCACAAGGAAUUCCAGGAAUUAAAGGAGAUCUAGGCCCACCAGGGCCACCAGGACUGGGAAAACAAGGUGACAAGGGCUUGCCUGGUCCCCAAGGCCCGUCAGGAAAACCAGGAAAUUCAGGACUUAAUGGCAUCCCCGGACCCCCAGGUCCACCUGGGCCACCUGGCCCUCCAGGUACUUCAAACGGCCAAACAACAGUUGCCGGAAUGGGGAACAUUGGAGGUGGAGAGGUUCCAGAUGGAAAACCUGCAAAGCCACAGCUAGGUGGCGCUGUGCUCUCUGCAUCAAUGGCUCCAGCAUUCACUGCCAUACUCAGCACACCCUUUCCUCCUUCCGGCAUGCCCAUCAAGUUCGACCGAACCCUGUACAAUGGGCAAAAUGCUUACAAUCCUGCCACUGGAAUGUUCACCAGCCCCCUAUCUGGAGUGUACUACUUCGCCUACCAUGUGCAUGUAAAGGGAACCAGCCUCUGGGUGGCUCUGUACAAGAACAAUGUGCCUGCCACGUACACCUACGAUGAGUACAAGAAGGGCUACAUGGACCAGGCUUCAGGGAGCGCAGUUCUGGAGCUCAAGGAGAAUGACCAGGUGUGGGUGCAGAUGCCGUCCGACCAGGCAAAUGGUCUCUACUCCACGGAGUACAUCCACUCGUCCUUCUCAGGGUUUCUGCUGUGCCCCACAUAACCUCCUCUUCCCACUCUUCCUUUUCUAUGCCUAAGCCCCACACCCCCCACCCCCCCUCCCCUACCAUCACCACCACCCCCUUCUCCCUCCCUCUCUUCCGCCGCUCCAGUGGCCACGUGAGGAAAACCUGGAACAGCAACAAGAACAACAGCGGCAGGAAAGACAGACGACAGAGAAAGACUCGUAUGAACGUAUGAAAGUGAAGAGUUGAAAAGCAGGAGAAGGAGACUUCAUGCUGUGUCUGGGUUUUAGCUCUUCCUUUCAAAUGUCCAUUUUUUUACUUUUAAAUGUUGUCUUUAUUUUCUAUUUUCAGCCUACAUGAUAAUAAUUAUUGUAAUUGUUAUAUUAUUAUUAUUAUUGUUAUUAUUAUUAUUAUUAUGUUGUUGUUAUUGGUAUUGAUGUUGUUGUUUAUUGGAAUCAGACUAUUAAGUGCCUUACUUUGCAAUGUUUAAAAAGCCGUUAAUAAGACUUACCCGUGUGACUGCACAUUUUGCCAAAUGUUUUCUGACUCCAAAAAGCGUUCAAAAUCUCUGAAGACUCUGGGGUUUGGUAUUUUUUCCCCUAGCUGCAGUCACAGUCCAUGUAAUUCAGUGCAUUGGCCAUUAUAUGAUACAUAUUUCCUUAUUUAAAAUUGUCAGAUCACACCUUAGUGCAGAAACGUCAUAAAUGUGCUUGACUACACAUUCCUAUACAUUCAAUAAAACAACUCCUCGUUGGAAUAAUGAUUGUUAGUUUUUAUUGCCUUUUGUCACCCUUCUUAAUCUGAUAAGUUUCGUUUUUUUCUGAGAAGCAGUUUUGGUGCUCGUAGUUAAAUGAGAAUAUUGUUUGUUGUUUUUGUUUUUGUUCUGUUGCUUUGUUUGUUUUUUCGUUCUAUGUGUUGCAAUUCUCCAUUGAGAGAUACUUACCUUACUCUGUGACAACUGUGCGGAGAGCAUUGUGCUAUUACUGGAAGCUAAUGGCGUUGAGAAUACUGAUUAUUACUUGAUUACCGAAGGCGUCCAAGCUGCGUCCAACAUUGGCUUGCUCAUAUGCAAUUUACAAAUACAAGCAGACCGAAUCCUUGAGAAUAUCUUGUAUUACAAAACCACAGUUCCGCAUCCAAAAAUCAAAACUAGCACAACUCUUUACAAAAUUGCAGAUCAGUCAUGUGUAUGAUUUUAAUCAAAACAACCUAACAUCAAGGAUGGUGCUGGGGCUUCUGAUGUGGCAACUGCAAAACAGCCCCUCCAAGUCUUUGAUACCGUCUAUAAAAGUAGUUCCCAAACCUUUUAUGAUAAGCCCUCUGUUGACAAUGAGGGGAAAUAAUGUACAGUACAUUAGUAACUAUAGCACCAUCCUUGGUUCUGCCGAUUUAGAUCUAGAAGAAAGAGCAGGAGAAAGAGUUUUCAUUUCUCUUCAUUUAGUACUUUGCUUAUGUUUCAGUCGGUGUGGAUGGGUUUUCCUACACAAGCCACACACAAAGACACCAUGUCUAUCUUAUUACUUUACGAGGUAACCACAAAUCAAAUUCACAUCCACUGGUUGAAAAAGGAAAUCAUUACAACGAUAUUAUCAUCAUAGAGGAAAUUCAUCAUUUGCACCUGUACUAGAAAUAGAAGUCGAGGUUGAAUGACGUCUACAAACCAUUAAAAUCCCUAUAAAUGCUAAGACAAAGUCAAAAAUGUGUCAUCAUACAAGCCAUGAAAUAUUAAAAUGACCAUAUAGGCUGUGUUGUGAAAACAGGAUGUGCUCUGUAUUUGAAGGGUCUAAAAGUCAAUCUUCCACCAUAUAGUUUAAACCAAGAAUGGAUGUUGAGUUAAACGUGUCCUUUUCAACUCAAGUGAAGCAUUCAAACAUUUACUGUUUAGAGUGGCCAUCAAUGCAGAGCACAGGGCACAGAGUGAUUAUGCAAGCAGAGCAACGUGUUGCUGUGACAUUCAAGUUGUUCAGAGCGGUUAAACUAUAAGAACGGUGCAAAGAAAGUAAUCAGUGACGAAAGUAUUGAGAAAGACUUAGAUGAAAUUGCAUGCUUGGUGAGGAAAAACAGGAAGGACAGACAGGACAGAAGUGACGGUAACUGUUGAUGCCACUUUAGCCGAUUAUUUAAACAAUAUCCCAGUCUCAUUCAUCAUUGUAAUACAUAAAAAACAAAUGAAACCUAAUGACUGAUGUGCUGGAAAAGGGUUCGUCCCAUAGCCUAGAUAAUAGUAGUUUGGCAACAUUUGGAAAAAAAUAAAAAAAGAUGUAGCAAUAAUGUUUUUCAGUGUGAAAAGGAGUUUUUUAAGUUUCUUCCUUCUCUUCCCCUGUCUGCAGGGUGUUCAUCACAGAGCACAGUUUGUAUAAACACUUCUCCCUUUUAGACGCAAUUUUGUUGAAGGUGUCUUUCAUAUUACUGAGGGAAAGGACACGUCUGAACAUCAAUAGUUAUAGGCAUUGGUGCACUCUUAUACUGGCUUGCCAUCUACAGUUCUCCACUGUUAAGGAAAGGUUUGUAUAUUAUCAUGGAUUUAUUGUUUUUUUAUCAUUUGAUUUUAUUGUUUUAUUUUUACAGACACUUGACUAACCUUGAAUUUGAUAUUUUUUUCCAUAUCUCCUGCUUUCACCUCUUCUGAUGAGACAAUUCUUUAUUAGCAAAUAUCAUGCCAUAUAAUAUAAACACAUCAGCUGGGAAUAGAAUGUUAUUAUGUAGAAUUUGUCAUGCUGUCUUCAUAUCAUUUAGAGUAAACAAAGGCAAGAGAUUAGCAAGUCUUGAUUUGCUUUUUAAGGGACAUUGGUUUCAGAGCAGAGACACACGAAAGAGGCCAAUUCCGUUUGCACAUGAAGACCAUGAUGGUGUAUUUAUACAUUUGAGAUAUCUGAAUAAGAGUCUGAGAUAUCUGAAUAAGAGUGUCUAGUAAUUAUGAAUUAUGAGGAUUGAAAUAUGUUGUUAACAUACUACCAUUAUUUGUGAAGGAUUGUCUUGGACAGAUUUUUUUCCUUUUUUAUGUGUUUUGUUAUACAUAUUAUGUUAUAGGGUUAUUGUUUGUCUUGUACAUGGCUAUUGCAUAUCCUUCAUGCAAUAGUAUUUGGGUAUAAAAUGCACUCAUUUUUGACUGAACUGUUUUUUUUUUGUUUGUUUGUUUGUUUUUUGGUCUACUCAUACAAAAUCUACCAUACUUGAUUGUAUUGACACCACAUCAAUAAAUUCUUUCUUGUAUUGAU